CCAAAGGACGAUAUGCAAAUAGUUCCCAAAAUCCCUGAAUUUGAGCUUCCUGAUGGUUGGGUUGUUGAAGUCCGACCUAGAGGGCCCAAUUCUUCCGUUACAAUGUCUGAUAAGGGAAACAAACAGUAACCUUACUGUCAUUGGUCAUAGCUCAUUGGCCUCUUCAAUUACAACAACUAUAAGUUCAAAUUAGGAGUUAAAGGCCUCAAAAUCUUCUCCACCUUUGUCUGCUCAGAAUGUGUUUCAUCAUUGGUCUUCAUUUGGUUUUUCGAAGCAAGCAUCCGAUCGAUGUAGCUAUCAAUGGUUUAUUUGGUCUCCAUCUGCACCAACUCUAACUCAUACUGACGUCUUAAAGUUUGAAGACGCAUCCUCUUGAUUUUGUCAUCACCUCUAUUAUCUAUAAGAGGUAGAGAAAGUUGUCCAAGCUUCACUUGCAGUUGUUGCUCCUUCGAUCCUUUUAAAUGUCUCAUCAUUCAUCCCUUGGUGGAUAAAAUAUAAAGCCUUCUUGUCCUCUUUCUGUUUGUGAUGCAUUGCUCGUUGCGAAUGAGUCGCAUUAUCAGCUGAUGCCGAUACUCCACCUUCCACGACAUCCGAUAAUUCAUGUAUUAUUAUGAGCCAGGAACUGGACGUCAGUUCCGCUCUCUGAUUUCUGUCAAACGACACUUAUCUGGGGAGGAAGAUUUAGUUGUGUCUAAGAAGAACCCGUGCAGUAGUCUGGUGCCUUAUAAUGAUUCCAAUACCUUCAGGAGAAUCGCCUAUGGUGGAAAGUUCUUGAUGCCAGAUGAAUUGGAGGAUGCACGUCAGGCAAAAGGGGAUGACAUUUUUCCUGAAACUUUUCAACCAAGUUCAUCUUCCAUACUUCCUGAUGGCUGGAUUGUGGAGGACAUUCCAAGAAAAACCAGUUUCAGGAGUGAUCGGUAUUUUAUUGAACCAGAAACAGGCAAGAAAUUUCGAUCGGUACCAGAAGUUCAGAGAUAUCUAGCAUUGCAAAAGUAUAGAUCAAGAUGCAGAUCAUUACCUUUUAGAAAUCACUCAACAGGUCCACGAAGUCCAGCCCCACGGAAGAAGAACAAGAACACAUCAUUUAAGAUUUUCAAAACCUCAAUUGUUGAUCUUACGAAUCCUCCGGAGAUGGUAAGUUGGGUGUUUAGUGGUGAUGGGAAAGAUGAUUGGAGCCCUCUAGUAGAAGAGUGCGUGCUUCCGGAUUAUGUAAAGGAACAAUGGGCAGAAACUUUCUUGCUUGGUAUGAAUAACUGGAAGCGCCUAGCGCCACAGCUGACGAUGGGCGAGGGCAAUCAGGCAACAAAUCGGUAGAAUAGGUAGAGUGGUGAUCAGUUUCCCGACUCCUAUAAAUUCGCUGUUGAACACCCAGAAGUAUGAACAUAUAUUGUACAGUGCCAGUUUAGUUGAGGAUGUUUAUAUUUCA